GAGAGAUCAAGGUAGGAAUCUAGGGAUACAUGAUGAUCUGACUCAUGGUCGAAGGUGAUUACAUAAUUGUCGUUGUCACGAACUCGGUCAAUUUAUCGUUUACUAAACCGUGAGUCUGGCUCAGACUGCCAUCAACUUCGUUCAACUAGUACUUAUCGAUUAUCAAUUGUGGACCUUGACUUGAAAUAUCUAACAAUGGUGUUUUGCUAGUUUAAAAGCUAGCUCAGGUUUGCGUAUCCAGAUUUUCAACCCACUUUCUUUUCUAUCUGAGCCUCCUUAAGCCUCAUCAUCAUGGCCGACAAUGCUGACGCCACCGUACGUGACAAGACACCUCCCCGUAACUCUGCCUUGUCUGCCGAUUCGGAGACUGGGCUCAAGUCCACCCCACUCGCAGUCGGUUCCGCUAUUGUCAGCGAACACAUCAGUACUGUUGGCCUUAAGUGCGUCAGCUCUCCUUUUGUUCUCGCCACCAUCACUCAUCAGUGAACUUCGCAGAGUCAAAAAUGUCAGCCCAUGGAUCGCGAGGGACGUCCAAAACUUUGAGAAGUGUAAGGCAGAUACGAUGCUGCAAGAACUCCUUGCAAGAUGCACAGGUCGCUCUCAAAACCUUUCUGUCAACGAGAAAUCGAAGCUACUCGAAACUGCCCUCAAUGCUGUUCUGCCUAUCUGCAAUGCGGGGGCUGUAGCGCAGGAGAUAAAGGGACACCUGACUAAUUUUUGUGAUACCAACCUCGAACCAUUGACAUAUGCUCCUUUCGUCAAAGCCGCCAACUGUGCGCUCCGUGAACUAAGCAAGGUGAAUGUAGAUGGGAUACCUGCGUUCAAGAUCGACAACAAGACCAACAUUCUACUUCAUGUCAAUGAUCCAAUGCCCAUAUACCAGGACCACCAGGACAAACAGUCCGAACGCAAGCCUGACGUUGUCGUGGUCUCUCAUCAAACUGCCCUGGGUACGAAAGCACACGAAACGCAAGAAUCCCAGGUUCUUACCGAGACGGCGUGCAAAUCGCCCACAGACAACUUUCAAUGGACCGAUGUUCGAUCGACAUUGGAGUUCAAACGCACCCGGAAGUCUCUGACCCAUCCGCCGUCCGUUUAUAAGACAGAUUAUGUCGUUCCUUCUCCUUCUGCGCAGUACAUGGAAUAUAGGAAGGACACGAACGGCCCUGCUAAGCCAACAGGUUCAACGCCUGCUACUGGGUCUGCUCAGACCCCCCACGAAGCAUCGAAUGAGUUAAGACCCUCGUCGCAAUCGAGCAGAGGAGUCAAGCGCAAGCGAGGCGGCAACAAUGAAGAUCGGACUGAAGAGGACGACCCGACAAAACCCCCUCCUAUCGUCCAGAACGGCCUCUACGUUGCAGAGAUGUUCGCGGCUCACAUCGCGCGGCAACACGUCAUCUCCUUCAUAGUGAACAACGAUUAUAUUUACAUCUGGUUUUGUGAUCGCGAAACUACGAUUCAAGGCGCUGCCAUCAACUUCGUUCAGGACCUUCCACGCUGGUUGGUCUUGCUUCUCAUCAUGCAGCGGAUGGGAUACGAACAAUGGGGCCUCAACCGCGUGUUUGAGCCUGAGCCCGGAUUUUCGGGCAAGGUGAUGGUUGAGGAUACCCAGAUCGACCUUGAGUUGGAUGUGAAGUCUAAGGAGCGCGUGACUCAUUUCGGUAUACGCGGACGUGCAACUACUGUGUUUCCGGUAAAGAGCGAGGCACUAUCAGAUCGGCAGCGGGACGCCUGUUUUCUGAACGAAUCCCCUGAACUGGUGGCCAAGCUCUAUUGGCCAGAAGAGACGCGUCAGAGCGAGCCGGACAUCCUCAAGGAGGUUUACAAGAUUGCACAGACAGAUCCGGAUGUGCGAGGCCACGUCCCAGAGCUGGUCUGGUUCCACAAGUUUGAAGAAACAUCCACGUCCAAAAUCCGAGUCGCACUAGGACUGAAGGACGCUGAACGGGCCGAACAGGGCAGCCGCGUCCUGUACAUCAUCGUAUUCAGAAAGCUUAUCCCAAUUACGACGCUUUCUGGCGAGGAGUUCAUUGUCGCAUGGUGGCAAGUUGUGAAGUGCCAUCGCGCCCUCUGGAAGCGAGGCGUUCUUCAUCGGGACGUCAGCCCUAGCAAUCUCAUGGUGUACCGCUUAUGCGGUCAAUACAUAGGCGUUCUCAACGACUACGACUUAUCGUCGUUUAAACGUGAUGGUCCCAGGGGCCUCGAGCGCACCGGAACGGUACCAUUCAUGGCGGUAGAGCUUCUCUCGCCAGACGCCAUGGCAGGCAAGGUCGAGCAUCUGUAUGCGCAUGAUGCUGAAUCGUUGAUCUGGGUCCUCACCUGGGUCUGUCUUCGGUAUGAAGGUGGAAACCUCCUCAGCAAGAACAGACCAUUGGAAGAAUGGCUGAAAGUGGAUGCUCGUACAUGCGCAAAGGAAAAGGGCAACUUUGGCUUUACGGGGAUCAGAAGCGUGCGUCCAUCCACAUCACACGCAGAGUCCUGGGACCUUGUAAGGAGGUGCUUUUCGGCGGUCCAGUCACUUUAUACUGCAUACGAGUACCGCAAACUGACCGAUGAAUUGGCUUUUCAGUUGUUGCUUGAGAGGCCUAAGCUAGAGCAUGACAAUCGUAGACGUACUUGUAGUUGAGGUAGCGUGCCUCCCUUAUAAGUCGCUUUGUAGAAUGAACGGUCACAGGCAAGAAGCGACGGUCUUGGGUACCACUAUGACUUUGUAAUGAAUAGAAUACAACAAUCAUGGAGGCUAAGCGUGCACAUUCGAGAACACGUAGUUCCGCUUUCCAGCAUCUUUUGUCCAACCAAUUAAGUGUUUACAGUAUCAAGUCAGUAUUGACAACAUGACACACGGUUUCAGUUGCCUAAUUCCGACUGUAAUUUUGCAAUGGCGUGUAUCUCCAUUUUGAGUGGAUUGCCCAAUCAUACCGCGAAGAAAUGGAAGAAGAGUACUACAUGUCGAACGAAAUGAUUACAAUAUGGCAUAAAUGCAAUUCAUAGGAGGUGGUAUGUAGGAGGAAGGUAAGAUGACGAUAAGUCGUAGUCGUUGAGCACGCCUACAAAUUGACCAUGUAAGUGGUAUCCCAUGAUAUUGCUGAGACUGACGUUGCAGUGAUGUACACCC